GUACUGGCAGUUAAUAUCGGAACACAACCAGAAUUGAAAAACGGAUAAAAGUGUAGAAAGUGUAGCUAGAAAGAAUAGAUUUGAUUGAAUCUUAUUACUCCUUUAUUUUCUUUAUACGUUUAUUUUACUUUAAUUCCCUGAAGUCACAAAUUUGAUAUCAAAAUAUGCGCUAUUAAUGCAAUAUAAUGCUAUUAUCAGUUAUAUUACUAAUUCCAAAAGCAAUUCCGAAAAACGAAAUUUGCGAGAGCAUGAUAUAUAGGUUAUGGACAAAUCGCGUAGAACGAGCGAAAUAUGUGGCUCGACCGGUCCAAUGAAUAACAAUUUCAGUUAUUAAGAAUCGACAGUAUAUUGGUAUUAAUCCUUUAUUUAAGUCAAGUAGCUAAAUGAGCUAAAUGAUUUUGUAUAUGAGAUUUUGUAUAUGAGAUAGUACGAAAUAGCCAGUCCUGACUUCCACGUCGUUAAUACAAUUUCAGGAAUUAUCUUAGCGGUGGGCUGCAAAAUAUGGAAAGAUCUGAUUUGCCGAAGCAGUACGAUAAGAAGGACCAAGCAGUUCUUGGUUUUCAAACAGCAAAUAGAAACUUACGCAACUAAAGAUAUUAACAUUAUCCGAUACAUUAUCAAACAGAAAUCUCUUGGGAAAAACAAAUCAAAUGUAAAUUAUCUUCAUUGAAUAUGAGAUAGUGGACAUUUUAUAGAAAAGAAAAUGAAGCCAUACGACGUAUUCAAGGAACUUAAACAUCAAAAUGAUAUACUGGUUUUUAAAAAAUUGAUAGCUUCCGCACCUUUGCGUGAUCCUGAGAACACAAAUACAAUAGAAUGGCAGAUGGUUCUAGCAUACCUUUUAAAAAUAGUUAGUGACAAUACCGAAUUAGGGAACGAACGCGUCCUCUUAGCGUGCACAGCAUUUUACGCUGUGCUUCCGACACAAUACAAUUCGAAUCAUUUUAGAGACGUUAUAGUAACCUUCCAAAAACUGAAAACUAACUACAAAGUUUGUUUGUUGGAUAAAUCUUUUGAUAUUGCCAAUAUUGAGCUCUUUAAGCUAGUGAACGUCUAUGGAUAUCUGCAGUUAAAUGAGAAGGAUGUUCUUGACACGCAUUAUGAAUACAUCGUUUUCUCAGCGCUAUUUGAAGUAAUAUAUAAGCAUUGUAUAACUUACACGAAGUACUCCUACUUUGCGUACAAAGUAUUGUCCAUGUGGUUGAAGAGAUUGAAGAAUAUAUCCGACGAGUGUUUUUGGAACGAUCAUAAUUGUAUUUUAGAACGAAGGCUGGAGGCUAUCAUAUUCUCCAAUUGGUCCAACGCGCUGAAUAUUACAUGCAAGCAGAACGUAGAAAUUUUCAACACAUAUCUCCGGAUAAUGUCACAGAAAUAUAACGAGACAUUUAUAGAUCAUGUAUAUCGUAUGUGUCUUAAAAAUAUGUCGUGGCAAAACGAAACAAAAUAUGUUAUUCUAACGGAAAUUGUUCAAGUACAUGAUAUGGGAAUCCAAACACUUAUUGAAAAAGGCUUCUUAUUUGAUUUGUGUAUUAGUUUAACAAAAAAUUCUUUGCUUUGCGGCAGUACAAAGCUUUAUUUAGCGAUUUUAAGAAAACUAAGCGAGACUGAAUGGAAAAGGAUGUUCGAGGACGUUCUGAGAUUUGUUAUUUAUCGCUGGGAGUCUGGAAAGCAUGAAAAUCACAAUGCUCUUCAAUCAUUGUUUAAAUACUGGCUCGAACCGACUAUUGAAAUGUAUAAGAACGUACUGUUAUUUUUAUGGGAGUUGUGCAAAGAAUUGAAAGGAUACUUCUGUCGUUCGCACCUGCUAAGAAUAGCUGCUAAAAAAAACGAGUUGCUACAAAUGCUCGGAGAAAAGCUCGAUUGUUACACAAUUAUUGCAGAUUUCGCAACCGAUAAUGAGGAAAUUGUACGAUUGAAUGCUUUCGUUGCGUUCUGUUAUCACGCUCCCGUGCUGAUCGACUCUGAAAGAGUAGACCCAUUUCUUUUGAUAAAACGAUUUCUUUGGUUUAAUGCUAAUACCGCAACAAUUCUUAUGAGAGAAGGGAUAAUAAAACACUUCCGAACAAUGUGUGCAUAUAUCUUGAAAAUGAAUAGCAAUAAAGGUAGGUGCAUGCAAUCUGUUUUUGAGUUUAUGAAAUGGUUGUACGAAUACUUAUUGGAUUGUCUUGAAAUUGAUUCGUGCUAUCAACGCAAGAUCCUCGCUUUAAACUUAUACGAGAUCUUGCUUUUUUUCACAAAUAAAAAUUUGCUCAAGAACCUCACGAUACAAGGGGACCUUUGCUAUCACCUGAUAAUGGACAACAACUUAAAACCUAUUAAUGGGAAAUUUAUCAAUAAGAAAUCUUUGUUUACAUUAUUGAAACUUGUGUUGGAUUCCGCGCUUGAUGUUAGACAACUAGCUGGCAAACUUAUUCUAAGUUAUUUUGAAAAGAAUGCUUUGUCAACUGAAGAAAAACAAAUACUGUACGGUUGUGCGUGGGAGCAUUGCAAUUCUUUCAAGUUUUACGAAAUUGAAAGUGGAGCAACUCUCUUAAAGAUAAUAGCACAAUGGAUGCCUUUCAACGAGGUCUUUGAAGACACAGCUGCAUUAGAUUCUGAUAAGCAUAACUCUGAGCUUGCUUACUCGAGUUACUCAGAAUUUCUGUUGAAUGCAGCUAAAGUACAAUUAACAGAGAUGAAAACUGAUAUUUUAAAAGCCAUUGUCGAAAAUAAACCUUUCUACGGAGUGUUAACUGCUUUAUUGGAAGUUGCUUUUCGCAAUGGUCCAGAAAAUUCAAUUUUAAAACCAAAAUUUAUGGAUGAAUUACUUUAUCUUUUGACAGACGCCGUUGACUUUUUUUUAUCUUCAUUUUCUACGAAAACAUCGAGUAAAGUUUCUUCGUCAUCAUUUGCGGAGAUGGGAUUGGCUAUCGAUAAAAGGAUAAAGACUAGUGAAAUAGAGGAUUUUGAUUACGAUGAUUUACAAUUAUCGCCGGUACAUCAAAUACUUAUCUCGUGUAUCUGGAUGUCCUUAAAGAUAUUAUGCGAGAUUGCUAGCGAAAUUGGAAUGUUGAUGCAGUCGAAUGAACAAGUAAAACAUGCCAUGCAUAUUAUCGUUACGGUAUUGCGGAAAUGUCGACAUAAAGGCGUGGUGGAAUGUGCUGGAGUAGCGAUUGCGAAUUUAUCCAAGCGCUUAUAUAACUCAAAGGAGUAUUUUGAGCUACCAAAAGAACAUCUGAUACAUUUGUUAGAGGAUGAUGAAAAAUCAAUGGCUUUAACGCGGCGAGGUGCUGGAUUGUCAAUCAUGUUUCAUAAAUUAACCGUCAGCGAUAAUCGCAAGAAUCGACCUACAGUACAUUUUGCACUAAAAGUUUUGUUGAACUCGUUAAACAACGUUUCGUUGACGACUGUUGCAAAUGUAAAAGCUGGAGAGGACUCGCCAUGGACAAAACGCCUGUACUUCUUGCGCGCGUUAGUACUCGAUAAGGAGAUACAUGCGCAUUUAGUUUCGUACAUGGAGGACAUUUGUUUAAUGUGUUUCCGGUAUAUGGAAUCCGAGAUUUGGAUCAUAAGGAACGCGAGUUUGCAACUGUAUGGCGCGAUGGUGCCGAGAUUAGUGGGUCAAUCUACCAACAAAGGUGAUGAAGCGUUAGAUUUCGGCGAUGGUUACUCCGUCAAUAGCUUUGUCACACAUUAUCCGAAAUUGACGAGUCACAUGUGGGCACGGCUUCGAGCCGUUUCGAAGAUACGCGGAACCUCGAGCGAAGCGUUGCGCUCUUACGCCGGUGUCAUGUCCACUCUCAUGUUGCUGUCAAAGCUGUCAACAAGUGGCUGCGACCUCGUCGAUUAUCCCGCGAAAGCAUUCAUAACGGAGAUUAGACGUCUAUUGCUCGCUUUCCUUGGUAAUCCAAUGAUGCAUGUCAGGCAAUUGGCUGCGAAAGCGUACGCGGCUUUUACGCCUUGGAACGGUAUCUACCCGGAGAUGGAUGUGAUAAGGAAUAAGAUUCUCUCAAGUAAAGUUAAUAUGUCGCAUGGAUGCCUGUUAACUUAUAGAUAUUUAAAAGAAAAAUACAUUUACGAGACUUGUACUGUAUAUUCUAACGAGGAAAUGAGAAAUAGUGCCGAAAUCAGUUGGGCCGAAAAUGAAAAGUUUGGAUACAGUCGAUAUCAAGAUAUUCUACGGAUAUGGAACAGUAUGGGCCGACAUGAAAAAGCCACGCAACCGUGUUACAUCGUAGAGACAUUGCUUCAACGUGAAUUUAACUAUACUCGUUUUGCACAAAGAUACGCUGUCAGCGAAGAUUUAUUGAUAAUUCCAGAGAUACUGUCAACACAGAAAAUCCAACCAGGAUUCUUUCAGUUGGUCGAACAGUGGCAGCGGCUACACGCAGAACAUAUUAAAGUGUGCAUCAUAAAAGAAAGUUACAAACUCGACAGUCAAAAGCAUAUAUGGAUAAGUAGGAUCUUGAACUCGAUUUGUAUCGAACAAAGUAUCGGAUUUCUACAAGGCCUGUCGCAUUGUGUCCCUUUACUGGAAUUUAUGCUUAAGUACUUGAUCUCGAUAAAAGACGAUCAUCACCAAUUACUUUAUGACGAGAUAGUAGCGUUUACAUUGAGAACUAUAAGGCAGGUGGAUUUGACAGACAACAAAGUAGAAUUUGAGAAGAUAAUAGAAGAGUUCGAUAAGGUGGAUAUAUCUGUCGCAAAAUCGAGUGUAACUCAUGUGAAGAACUCAUUGAUUUUAGCAUUUUCUAAUUGCGAGCAGUUGAUAAACCGAGUACUGAUGUACAUUUAUGGUAUGUGUACGCAUCCGGAGCAGUCUAUGCGAUUGAUGGCGGUGGAAUACAUCGAGUUCGUCAUGUGUCGUUUUAGAGCGUUAAAAGACAACAAUAAAUUACUGAUUAAGAAAUGUUGUUUGUUUCUGCUGAAGGACGAGAUUACAGAGGUACGCAAGAUUGUAUUGAAAUCGUUGAAUGCGGCGCCUGUAUUGCAAGACUUUGUUUUGCGUCAAACAAAACACGAAGAACUAUGGUACCAACAACUUUUGUUUAAUGUUAUUCGUCAUCAGAACGCCACCGAGAACGAGGAGUUCGUAUGUUAUUUCACACUUUUCCUUUCACAUGCUCUCGGACAGUGUGGUUCUAUCAAGAUCGAGAAUCCAUUCCAUCACAACAACAGUAUUUUCUAUAAAGAGGAAUCAAAGUUUUUAAAUCUGUGCUUCCUUUAUCAGCCUUUAAGCAAUAAUCGCGAUAUUUGUGAAGAUUUGGUAAUAUACGCGAUACAAACGAAACGGUUCAGGAAAUUUCAUGAGAAAGCUGGCUUUAAUUAUGGUGAUUUGCGAAAGAUUUUGAAUUUGAAAGAGAUUGAUUAUAUGGCGCAAAAGCGACAGAUCGUUAUAGACCAGUGGUGUUAGUAACAAUUUUUAUUUAUUUUUUAUCAUUCCUCAUUCAUUUUCCGUUUUGUAAGAUGUAAAUUAGCCGAUUAGGUAUCAAAAGUUUAAAUAUAAUUCUUUUAUGUAAGACUGAUUGUAAACAACAUCUUUCAAUUUCUCAAAUUUGCAAAAACAAUGUCAGAGCUUUUUAUAUAGAUCUUGAUAUUUUAUUAAUGAUGAUUUAACCAAUUUUUGUUUUGUAUAGAUAAUAUACAAUUGACAAAUAUAAUUUAGAAACAAAUAUCUCAUUUACAAAUAGUAACACGAUUUGAUUUAGGUUAAAGUAGAGAAGAAAAUUGGUUUAGAUAAAAUAGAGAAAAAAACUUUUAAUAAAUUUAAAAAAAAAAUUGAGAAAAACAUUUAGAUAAAUUGAGGAAGGAAAUUUAGACAAAAAAUAGAAAAGAAAAUUGAUGUAAAUAAAUUAGAAAAUUACUAAGAAGUUCAUGUGCAAAAGUUGAUAUUAUAUCAUAUUGUAGUUACUGAGAACUAAGGUAACAAAGAUACGCCUUCGGUGAAACGCAUACUCCCUCGCUUUUUGCCAACUGAAGGUUGGCAGCAGUCGGUUGUAAAAAAUUUGAUUUAUAUACAAAUAAAAUAUAAAAAUAAAUCGAUUAACAUAAGAUUAUUGUUUAAGAUAAUAUUAUUUGGCAAGUAAAUACGUUUAAUAUAAAAUAAUCACGAAAAAUUAUAUGAUAAGAGAUUAAAGAUAUUUAUAUGCUCUAUUUCUACCAUUCUACCGAUUGUAUUGUACUUUUGAAAGAUCUAAGAAAUAAAUAGUUUUAUAUUCGUA